AUGGCUGAGCUGGGUGGGCGGCAUCUGCAUGAACACCAUGCCACACACGACCUUCCCGCUGGAAUCCACAGAACCGACCAGCGCUCCGCUUCCUCCAACGAUGCCGACGCGAAUGACACUGGCCAUGCUGGCGGCCAGGCCACUGCCGAAGAAACGUCCAACGAUGAUGAUGACGAAGACAGUAGUGCUGCUCAGGAUGAACAGGAAGACGACGAAGAAGAACCAGACACGAUCGCCCCGUCUCAUGGCCGUGGCAAGGGCAAGGGUAAAGGAAUGCGUCCCGCCAUCCGCAUCGAGCCUGUUGGGGAAGACGAGUCACAAGCAGAGGAAGAACCUGCUCUUCCUGAGACGGGGCUGAGUGUCAGCCACAAUCUUGCGAGCAGCUUGCUGGCGGGCAACAAGAAGCGUACCUACAGCAACGUCUCCAACACCUCGGUGUUGUUCGGCGACGACGAAUCGGAUCACACCUUUCCCCGACGCAAGAUUGCUCGGAAGCUUAGCAACAGCAGCUUCAAGCCGCUAUUGAAGUAUAAGGAGAACGCUAAUGAGGACAUGAAUGACAUUGAGAACGCCAUUGAGAGUGAUGACGAAGAUUACAGCGGUGUCAACCUCGUUCCCGAGGAUGAAUCUGAAAUAGAAUAUAUUGAGGAGCAAGAAGAGAGCUUUAUCAUACAAGAUGAGAUGCACAGCACUUCCGCGCUCAUCAGCCAAUUCAAUGAUGCACGUCGACUGAGCCUCGACAGCCUCGCGAGCGACAACAUCUUCGACUUCGCUGGCUCACUCGACCAGACCUAUGAUGUAAAUCACGCUGACAUGGGGUUUGCUCGAUUUUUUGAACCGGCUCCCAUACCAGCGUCGCCUGAGGUAGCAGCGAAGAGGAAAUUUUCAGACAGCUCUACUAAGCGCGUCCGCUUCGACGAUGAAGUCCAGAUGUCGGACAGCUCCAGCUCCUCUUCCGAUGAAUUGGACAGCUCGCUCUAUCCUGAUCUAUUCCUCGACCAGGACAAACUGCCUGCAAGCCUGUCUCAACUUUUAGAAUAUGACCACGACGAGGACUACGGUGACUAUGAUUCUCCUGCAUCCGAGAUGUCCUUCUGGGAUUUUGGUCAAGAUGAGCUGCAGCAAAGUCAUCCAGGAGCCGAAGAGUUUGAAGAAUCUUCUGACCCGGGGUCCAGUGGCUACGAAACUGAUAUGGGUGAUACUACUGAUGAAUAUGAAUCUGAUUCGGAUGCUCCUCCUGAAACGCCGCUGCGUAGGAAAUCAGUCUUGCGUCAGCCCUCUUCCGCACCAGGCUCUAGAUUCAACAGUCCACAAGCUUUCGAGCGAUCUUUCAGACCUACUGGUCGUGCUAUCCCACCGACUCGUGGGAUUUUUAUCCACGAGGACUUUAGUAAAGCUAUCGCAGUUACUAACCGCACCACAAAGAGGCUUACCUUCUAUCGCCCGCGCACUCCUCUGGUUGCUUGGGUUCCCCUCAAUGGGGCACAAAGUAGCUCCACCAGCAAUGCUAAUGAUAGCCCUCGUACUUCCUUGGCACAACUCAACGCUUCGGACAGCGAAGUCAGCAAUGAGGUCUUCAGCAAUCCUUUUACUACUUCGGACAUCAUGCUCACCGGUAUCUUUGGAUCGGCUCCUUCCAACGACUACUUCUUCGGUACCGACAGUAUAGGACCUCCGGAAGCAUUCUACCCCUUCGUUAGCAUCGGUACAAAUGGCGCGGUCAUGGACGACGAGGAUGAUGCUGAGGAUGAAGACUACGAGGACGAUCUCAACAUCACGGAUUUUAUGGACUUCGGCUCCGACGUCGAUGCAACGGACGUGGAACAGGAGGAUGAUGAGACAGACAUGCCCGCUACCCCAGCCGCCUCUACGAUGGCCAUGCCUGGCUCCACGCCUGCUCAUUCUACCCCCAUGGCCGAUUCCCCAGUCAAUCGAAAGAGAACGACAUCUGACGCGAUGCUCCAACAUUUUGACCGUGGAGUUGUCACUGCCUUCCGUAACAACCAAAAUCGUUACCGCGAUAUUGCUCAGCUACCCUCUGACCCAACUAUCCGAGCUUCUGUCUCUCGUCCUGUCCGCUCUGGGAAGUCCGCUGAGACUCUAAUGACGCCGCUUCGCAAGCGACCAUCGGCGAAGAGGACAGCCAAAUCUCCUUUCCAAGCCAGCUCGCCUAUGGUCAACGCCAGCUCUCCCCUGAGUGGUGUUACUAAGGCCUCAUCUCGGCUGAACAAAUCACUCAUGAAUCCUCCUCCUCGCGCUCCUAGGAUGGGCGCUUUCACUUAG